AUGGUUUCUCUUGUCGACGGCAGUGGAUACUAUCACUUCUGUGGCGGUUCUAUCAUCUCCAGCCAAUGGGUCGUCACUGCAGCUCACUGUGCAGUAGGCAUGACCACCUCGGAUUAUGUGCUGGUGGGAGACCACAACCUGUACUCCGGAAGCGAAGCCAAUUCUCAGUGGAUGCAGAUUGCUGAAAUUGUGAAUCAUCCGUCCUAUGAUUCCAACACACUGGACAACGACAUUGCCCUCAUCAGACUCAAGACAGAGAUCCAGUUCCCAUCUGACAACAAAAUCGCCCCUGUCUGCCUUCCAACUGCUGGUGAAAUGUAUGAUAGUGUGGAUGCCACAAUCACAGGAUGGGGAGCUCAACAGGAGGGAGGAUCCACAUCGGGCACCUUGUUCGAAGUAACAGUGCCCACCAUGACAAACACCGAAUGCAAUACCAAGUACGGAGGAAGCAUCACUGACAACAUGAUCUGCGCAGGCAUUCCUGAGGGAGGCAAGGACUCCUGCCAGGGAGACUCUGGUGGACCAAUGGUGGUGGAAGAAAACGGCAAGUGGAAGCUGGUGGGAGUUGUGUCGUGGGGUUAUGGCUGUGCUCGACCUGAUAGGCCCGGAGUCUAUGCCAGAGUUACACAAUAUUUGCAAUGGAUUUCUGACACAACAACCGGAGUCUGUGUCGAUGGGAACACACCUGCUCCUACAAAUGCCCCGACGCCUGCCCCUACUACUGCACCCACACCUGCCCCUACUUCUGACUGCCGUACGUAA